GGCGAAGCUUGAACUCCAUGUUGAUGAGUAGGCGAAAUCAGAGUUGUCAACAGAACAAACGUGGAAGUAAAUAAUUCAAUCAUGAACUUUUCGAAUUUUCGAAUGCUAGUUGAUGCAGCUGCUUUGUUGGACAAGUCGCCUGGUUCGUUCAUAGAUAGCUCGUUUUCGGAAUGUGAACCAACACUAACCACUCUUGCUGCUGAGUACUCUUCUCUUCAACCCAGCAACAUUUCAGAGGUUCACAAUGAAACAAUCGUGAACGGGAAUGACAAAACGAGAACAAGCCUAUCGGCCUGUGAGUGUAAAGUUUUAAAUGCGAUGAACGACACAGAAAAAUCUUUUUCUGCUGCAUUUCCGGAGAAUCACGGAAUUGAUUAUACAGCGCACAAGGAAUCGCAAACCGUAAACCUAAGAAUUUCACUUGAUUGGAAACGGCUGGAAUCAUACCAAGAAUGUACACAGACUACGUUAACUGCUUACCAGCCGUCACAUGAAAAAUAUAGCGAAUUCCAAAAUCAAACAUUCGAAAGUAUCCCAGUGGAUAACUGCACGGGAAUACUCAACAACGAGUCACUGUCGAAGAAGUUGGAUCAUUCGUGGAACAGUCUAUCUAAUGGUAAUCAAUCACAUUUAUUUAAAAAAAAUAUUUUCAUUUUAUUUUCAGCUGAAAUGUCAACUGGCGAAUGCACCAAAGAUUUUAAAUAAUGAUUUCAAGCCUCAUGUUCACAAUUUGUCAAAGCUUUCUGGAUUCAAUUUAGAGCCACAAUGGCUUUCGAAUAAUCAACACAUGAAAACCUCAAUUGAACAUGGAAAAAACGAUCUGGUCACCGAUAGAUUUAGUAACUCACUUACUGCUCGCAGAAUUUCUAACCUUCCGGGUGAAAAUCUGCUUUCGAGAAGAAACCCUGCUGAUGAAAUUUUUCGCUCACAGACAAGAUCACGCAAAAGACCGAAUGUCAGCAGCAGUCGGACUAGUGAUAGACUCGUCCACACACUCCCAUUAUUAAAUAUUACUAACUACUCUAGAGGUAACAUACUGUUCAAAAGUAACUCUAAUCGAGAAAAUUCUAGCUCAUUGCGAUAUGCAAAGCAAAAUGAUAGUAGCACAAACCGCAGUAGCAAGCUAAGUACGACGAAUGAUACAAGUCUCGCACAUUAUUCGGGUGGCAAUAUACUAUUAACCAGACUUCCUACUAAACACUAUAGCAUGCGAAAGAAGGACUAUCAGAAUAACUAUUCAAACGAUGAAUGUGAAAAAAGUUAUGGAAUAUGGCAGAAUAAAUCAAACACUGAUGAAGAUUGGUCAACAACAAGGCCCACGGGGCGUUCUGGUUAUCCGCACAGUCGAUCAUUGCUUCAACUAAAUUCAGUAGAAACGAGACUUGAACCCAAUUUAUUUAACAUUGGAUUCGAUUCAUAAUGAUUUGCCAUUUCGUAACGUUUACUGUAGUACACCGAAACAUUUGAAAGUUUGCGAGUUCGCGAAUGGUAUGAAUCGAGUGAAUACCGAAGAAACACCAUAUCAUCACCUCCAAAUUGAUUUUCUCGACUCAGAAUACGAGCCAGGUGAUCUGAACUCAGCAUAUGAUGAAUUUGAGGAUGGUGGCAUAGACGAUGAAGGAUUGUAUAAUAUAAUAGGAGAUGUUGAACCAAUGACAAAUUUUUCGAUGGAUGAGUAUUUUGAAAAAUAUCGUAACAGAACCAUUAUCAGCGAUAAUGAGUUAGAAGAUGAUGCGAACAAUAACAGAAAGGAAGCAGAUGAAAACGAGGAUCCUGGAUUUGAAGAACUGGGGAAAGAUGAUUGUCGUGAGAAGAUAAAGAAAAUGUCACUGUGGCAAAUAAACAAAACUGCUAAGGAACGUGGUGAAAAAUACCUAAGAAUGGACGGUACAGUUGUUCCAACUAGGAAAAUACAGGAUCCAUGCCACUGUUUUUUCUUGAAAUGCUAUUAAAAAAUGUACAGUAAUGCUUUACGUGAGCGGUUAUUAUCAAAUCUGUUGAAACUUUCAUCUUCAGGCCAAAAUCAAUUUAUUAGUAAUCAUAUAGUGAUUAGUGAAACAAGUCGACAAACGGUUCUCAACUCACGGAGAUUAUACACACGUAAAUAUUUUUUACCAGCUAUUAAAGGGAAAAUUCGAGUGUGUAAAAAAAUGUUUGAAUCAACGCUCAAUAUUAAAGAUAAAAAAACCCGUUGCCUUUCGAAAAAGAUGAUUUUCAACAAUGGGAUGCCCUACGACGACCAACGAGUUAAAAAUGGCGGUCAGCGUCGCGUACCGAUGGAGCACAUCAAGUAUAUAGAAAACCACAUUAAUUCGUUUCCAGCUUAUGCAUCACAUUACGGCCGCGAAAAAUCUUCAAAGAUGUACUUGAGUAGCGAUCUAUCCAUUGCAAAGAUGUUUCGGUUGUACAAGAAGAAAUGCUUCGAAGAAGGGCUCGAACCAGUAAAUUACAACUCGUAUAGAAUUGUGUUUGGAACAUUUAAAUUGGCAUUUCGCAGACCCAGUAAAGACACAUGCCCCGAGUGUGACAAAUUUGCAAUAAAAUUGAAAGCUUCUUCAGGCGAAGAAAAGUCGAAUUUAUCUAAACUUCGUGAUGUACAUCAGCAUUACGCGAAGCGCAUGUACGGUGAAAAAAAGAAAGUUGUAUGUGAGGCCAAGAAUGUUGAAGGGGUUAGGACCGUAUCCUUCGACCUGCAAAAGUGUCUGCCAACGCCACAUUUACAGUGCGGGACGGCGUAUUAUAGUCGGCAGCUUUAUACAUUCAACUUUACUAUUUUUAGCACUGAAGGUAACCAAAACAAAGCUGAUUGCUACCUGUGGGAUGAAACAAAAGCUAAGCGUGGCUCCCAGGAAAUUGGAUCUUGCCUGCUAUAUGAUUUGAACAACAUAGCUUCUACCGUUAAACUAGUACAUUUUUAUUCAGAUCGUUGCUUCGGUCAAAAUCUAAAUUUUGUGAUAUGCAUGACAUUUCUAAAGUUUAUUUAUGAGUGUCACUUGAUCGAUCGAGAAAUAACAAUUCAACAUAAAUUUAUGGUGUCUGGACACAGCCAUAUGGAGGUCGACUCAGUACAUGCCUCGAUAGAAAAAGCGAGAAAGCGAUGUACAAUCAAUAUUGAAACCCCAAGAGACUGGCCAGUCUUCAUAGGAUCCAUAGAGAGGAAGGUUCCAUUUAAAGUUCACGAAUUGAACCAACAAAACUUCAAGGCAUUGAAAAAACUCGAACAGCAUUUCAAACGUCCAACUAUGAAUACCAUCGGUCAAAAAAUUAAAUUCCAACUAUGAACACCAUCGGUCAAAAAAUUAAAUUCCGCAAGAUUUGAAAAAGCUAAUGGAUUUUGUAACAAAUAAGCAAUAUUAUGAAACAUUUUUGAAAAAUCUCGUUCCCAGGAAAAGAGGAAGACGAGCACAGAAUAAAAAAGAGGAUAAUUAUGAUGCCGAUUUGGAUGAGGAAGAAAAUUAUGAUUGGGAAGACUCAUAAGAUUGACUUUUAUAAUCAUUCCUUAAUAAAAUGAAAUACAUUUAAAAACUAACCCACUGUACUUUGGUACAUGUAGUAUAUGUAUACGGAAUGUAUCUUUUCUGCUGCAAAAAGGAAUUAUCUUUAUUAUACGUGUUUUGAUCUGCCUCCGGGUUUGUCCAUUUGACUCAAUAUACGUCACUUUAUCUCAUUGGAGCCCUAUCUAGGCCUCCUGUGUCUAAUAUGACUAUUGAUG